CCUGACGCGAUUCUCCCUGCGUGGCUACAUGCCCCCACUGUCAACACACACAUUUCCACGCCAAGCGGUCGCGUGCUAUACACAUACCUGAUAGACGCUACAUUCCAUUUCGAGCUGAGACGCAUGUGGAGUGAUGGCCAUGGAGGCGAAAUGCGAGCUUGGGUCGUGGCUAAUGCUUAUCCCGAGCUGGACGAGCAUGGCAAUAUCACGACUGUGGCGGGCACUCUGACUGACAUUACUCAUCUCCAAUGGGCAGAAAGACUACAACGCCAGCGGACCGAUGAGGCUGUAGAGGCACGGCGGCAGCAGGAGAACUUCAUCGACAUGACCUGUCAUGAAAUCAGGGAUGUACAAAAGGCAUUGCUUUUCCGACAUGCGAAUGUCGCGGUCUCUAUUAAACAACGGCUGUCAUCUCAUGAAAACCCUCUUUCAGCUGUUGUGCAUUGCGCCGACCUUGUCCGCUCUUCCUUGGCGGGUCUCUCGGAUACCGUAGAAGGCUUUGCAACGGAAUCACCAGACGAGCGCUCACGACUUGCAAAGCUUUGUGGGAGUGCUCAGGAGGCCAAUGGCAUCGUAUUCCCUUGCUGCGCCCACCAAAAGAGAAUCGUUGACGAUAUAUUAACCAUGUCCAAGCUGGACUCUAAGCUGGUGACGAUCGCUCAGCGCCAGUACGAAUUGACGGUCUGCUGA